GGAAAUUUAAAAACCGUUGCCUAUGCGUCUAUCCGGUAGUAUAUUUAGUUUAGUUAAGCACUUAACAAACGCACACGUAUACGUCUACUAGGGUUCAUGUUGAUAAGUAUGCGACAGAGUGUCUAAAGAUAGUUCGCGGUGCAGUUGCAGAUCGGGACCUUGAGUAAUGGGUCAGAUGGAUGCCGAAAUAAAACCCCCAUCACAAGAAAAUGGGGUCAAAGGUCAAGAUAACUUGCCGGACCCGGACCCUGCAAGUAAAGAAGCAGUUAAAAAUAUGAUCCAAAAAAAUUUACCAAAUACAAGAAGCAGAUCUCAUACACCCCAAAACACUAAGGGGCCUAAAGCUGAGAAAAAUGAAGACGUUAAAAAAGACAAAAAAGUCGAACCAAAAAUUUUGGCCUUAAGUUUGACAAAGAUUGAGCAGAUUGACCAGAAAAGUAACGAAAUGGAAAAUAAAAAUAUUGAAAAGGGCUCAGAAGAAGUUAUAAACCGAGAUAACAGUAAAUCAGUUGACGCCGGCGUUAGCGAUAUUAGUCAAGUUGAAGAAAAUGAGCUAAAACAUAAUGGAAGGGACGAAGAAAAAUGCGAGUUGAACGUCAAAAACGGUGAUAGUGUAGAAAUGGAUCCCUUGAUAUUAGCCACGGACGAAGUGGAUCCUGAACUACAGUUUGACGAGAAUUCAGAUAUGGAAUCUGGUAAAGGUUCACCUGUUAUUGCGCGUUGUAAGACAAGAAGGUCCCUAACGCGGAAUAUACCCACUCCAAAAACCCCAAAAUCAAACGAUUCAGAUUCAGAAAAAAUGUCUGUUGCCCCCACUUUAACGCCGGAUCCGUCAGAAGUAGACUCUGAGGCGACCAAACCAGAAAACUUAAAUGAUACUAAUGACUCAAUCGAUAUUGAAGAAGUGUCGUUUCGAGCAGCAGUUGGCAGUGAUGUAACCAGGACUGAUUACAUGGCCGAGCAUACCUCAAUUGAUUCAGAAGACAUAAGUUAUUUGAAUGCUACUCGAGAGAAAUCUUUGAGGGAAACGCUAAGAGGUUUAUCUUCUCGUAAGACAAUAAGACCAUUGAAUGACAGUUACAGACAGAAAGUGUUAAAAAAUAAUCACAACAAAUCUGGCUUGAAUGUUCUUCUGACUGAUCAUGAUUUGACUGAUAGAAUUGGUGGAAUAAAACGUAAAAGUCGGUGUGAUACUCCAGACGGCAGGAAGAGGCUGAAGAUGGAAUCAUCGGGAAUCGUUUCUUAUUUAUCAAGUCCUUUGAAUAAUCUUAAAAACCGGCUUAAAUCGGACGUAGGUUCAAGUACACCUAAAUUAACGUCAUAUAAAGAUAGUAGUCUAGAUAUUCAUGAUGAUAUAGGUCUUGAAUUGGUUCCCUAUAAGUCUCUGCAAGAAAAAAAGAGUUGGUGUACAAUAAUGUAAUAAUCAUGUUAUGAUACACUCAAGGUAUUCAAAGUUUAUCUAUACCAAAAAUGUUUUCUGAUAUUAAAAAAAAAAUGUUUUCUAAUGUUGAUUUUGCUGUUUAUACGGAAAAUAAUUUGAUUAGAAAAAUUAAUUUUAUUAUUGAUGAAGUGUUUUUUACCUAUAUGCAAAAUAUACAAAACAUAUUUUGAGUAUUAUCUUUUUCUAACGAUGUUUUUCUAGAAUUUAGUUUUGACUAGUUAUUGUGUAGGUGCCUAUUGUUUUCAUUUUUCAUA